AUGGCUGCUAAAUCGCCCACAACCAGCGUGAAGUCGCGCGAGAUCAUCGGCGGCGACCAGUUCAGUCAGCGGCGCGAGAUCUUUGAAAAACACAAUACUGUGUUCCUGCCCUUACCCUCUCCCGGGGCCACCACAACCAUUUAUAGAGAGGUCGAGCCCAUCAUCACAUCUAACCACGGUAAAACCACCUCUAACUUCAAACGGAACACCAGUGGAUAUUCCAGCAUGAGGGAGACCAGGAAUGAUGAUCGUCCGCAAUUCGAAUUUCGAACACGAAAAUACUCCGACAAUUUCACAUCUGAACUUAACCAAAGUGACGAUGUGGACUACAGGUACAGUACUGUAGAGCGAACGAGGCGACUCUCUAAAAUGAGAAGGGAUUUUCUUAAUUCCAAUCUUCACGAACCUCAUGAGAGCAAUUUCGCCCGAAGUGGCGUCCGCGCAUCUAUGCCUACUGCAAACGUAACGAAAUACAAAAUAGAAAGCCCAAAAAUUCACAAGUUUCCUUUUGCCGAACCCUACAGUACUCCAACACCUGUGCGACGAAUUCUAGUAGAUUUAGGAUUGCCAGAUACUGAAGGAUCAGAAGAAAAAGAGAAUCUUAGCCCAGAAACCCGCAGGAAACAUCAGAGCUUGCCGCACGACCAAGGCUCACCAAAGACAGACCGACAAAAAUUAUUUGAAGAGUUAGUCAAGCGAUAUUCGCCACAGAGAAAACCUGUGGAUUGGACUCUUCCCCCAACGAAACCUAAGGUCAUAGGAUCAGUGCCAAAAUCAACAUCCAGUGGUCCGGAAAGCAUCGACAACACCGAUACAGCGGACAAAGACGAAGUCUUCGAAAAUAAAGAAAGUGCUGAGUCCACAAAAGUAGACGAAAAUCAACUUAACCAGGAAAUGAAACCACACAUCGAAAUCUUGCACAAUGGGCCUGAAACGGUAGAGGAAACACAGAAGGACGAGUCAAAAAGCUCUCUUACAGAGUUAGAAGAGAAUGACUUCGUACCAGAACUGUCUCAUUUAAAAAGACAAUUAAGUAGAGAAUCGGCGAAAAGGCCACCUAAGGACGUUAUUGUAGACUUAACCAUUCCAGCAUUGAUAGACCAGAUGACAAAAGAAGGGGAGAAGAUUGAACAUCAAAAGACCAAUGGAAAAAAAGUGAAAAGGAAACGAAGCUUCCUUGAUAAACUUCUUGGACGUAAGAAAGAUGUUAGAAGUGAGAAGUGA